AUGUCACACCGAAACGUCGACGAUAGGAAGCGCCCGCCGCCAAUUGCCAUCCCAAGCUCGUUGCCGCCUCCUCGGCCUCCUCCAGACGCCGCGCCUAGCAACCAGCAGAGGCAGCAACAUACCAGGAACGCGUCCAAUUCAACCAAAAGCCAGCGCUCGACCGGUACCACCCCACUACUUUCGCCUGUAGAGUCGCAUCAUCCAGCUUCGGGUUCAAGCCGGAGCCGCAACGCCAUGGCCACGUUCACCAACUUGAUUGAUCAGGCACGUGUCUCGUCUCCCCGCAAGUCGGAACAUGGAUCCUGGGCAGGUAGCAAUGUUGGUUCUGCGGCACGCUCGAGGCAGUCCGGGCGCAGCCAGUACGACGCUGCGGCUGCGCAGGCCCGGCUUGAAGCUCUCGACGAAGAAACAGCUAGGGGAAAGAUGGAAUCUCGCGCUGAGAAGAGUUUGUUCAAGUUGACAGGCCAAAUUCCGCCUACACCGACAGCUGAUUCUGUAGACGAGGAUGACGUCUAUAUCAGGACGCAAGACCUGCGACAACAGUGCCGAAUUGCAAAUGGGGAGCAGCAGCCAGACCGUGACGAGCCACCCAAGAGUCCCAAGAAAAAGCUAUUCCAGAACCUCCGCAACACUUUCUCCAAAUCUUCCAGUGCUGCACCGCCACCAGCGAUGCCAAAUAAAGCUGCGCAGAUUCUUGGAACAGCAGCACGACAGGCUCGCGUCAUCCCAGUUCGGCCCAUCAAGCCAGCGCGCCUCAAAGAGACAACGCCAACGAGGGCUUCGCGCUCAGACACGGCAAAUUCGCUGCCCCCAAAGAUAGCUGAUCCGGAUAGCUAUGCCCAUCGCCAUCACAAUGGAUCAUCGCGCCGUAAUCGCUCGAGUGGUCGUGGCUCGUCUGGCAAGGGUGGUCCGAAGAAGCAGUCCUCUGACAUAGAAAAUGCUCCUCGAGCACCUGAAGUCAAUGACUCACUUGAAUCACUCAAUCCACCUCCUCCACCCGCAAAGGACACUCCUCCAGCAGGUCAGAGGCCCGCCAGCCCACUUCGCAGGGCUGUGCCAUUGCGCGAUCUUCGUGAGAGCUACUCUACCUUCACCGAUGGAAUUGGAGUUGUGCAAUUUCCAGAUUUUGACCUGUCACCGUCUCCUACAACUGGUAUUCUGCCGGAAGAUGGUGGCACGAGCCCUACAAAGUUCCUACCGUAUACCGCAGAGGAGUACUCUAAGCUUAUAGGAGGUGAAGCCAUGCAAUGGCCCUACCCUGACUGUAAUGGUUCGCCUAGUAAGAUAGGUGUUAAGUACCUAACUCCGUUGACAAGCGCGAAUCUUGUGUUGCAGCUUCCUCAUCCGGACCGCAGGAGUGAAGAGCGUACGACUGCAACGCUAGACGACGACAACAAUAACAACGUAGAUGCAUACAGCCCUCUACAUCCGCGCUUUUACUCUCCAACUCACAUCUCUGCUCGUGGCUUCGCUGAAGGUGAAACUCCUUCAAAGAAUUCCGAUACCACCCGUCUUCUCUACUCACUUCCCGGAAGGUCGCUAUCAGUCCUCCAUCUUCGCGAAGAAUCAAACGACGGCUCAAUCAAGAUGAUUUUUCAAGGAGAUCGCCAGGAUAUUGAUCCGCACUCCCCAACUGCGCACGAGAUAGACGAGAACGAGCAGCACGGCCAGACGGGUGAUAGGCGGUCUGACGUUGGCAUUACCACUCGCGUCAUGCAAGAGCUGCGCAUUGGAGAGAAGAACGGGAACUUAGCUCAGAAGAAUGGCGACUCUAGCCAGAUUCAGCCUGAUCAGUCUUCCUCGAGGCUUACCGAUAUGCUCAAUACUGUCAGUCCAGGUCGGAGCGAGUCCCACGGCGAGUUCCAGCCUUACUGCCCCAGCGCCGUUCCCAGUCCGCUCCACAAGGUUCCUGGUCCCCAAAUCUCAGCGCAGUUGAUGAUACCUUCUGGCGGAUCAUGCAAUGCUUUCCCUCCGCUGUUUCCGCCCAAGACCAUCGAUGACCACUUCUUCAUGACUAAUGAGCACCUCGACGUGGUGGGCAAGACCACUUGGGAUCUUCUCGAGACAUUCAACGAGAAGCAGAAGAGCACGUCGAAUGCAAGACAGGAGGAGAUGUUGGCGCUGGUCAGUACGCGCUUUGAGCAGAUAUCAUCCCAACUGGUAGCCGUCAAGGACAGUGCCAAACGCAUCGACGAUUGUAUAGUAGACAACCAGCAGAACAUCCAUGCUAGUAUUAACAGCAUAUCCGACUGUGUCAAGGAGACCAUACCGAAGGCCUUUGCAGAACAAGACAAAAAGAUGACAAGCAUGGAGGCGGACAUGAGGGAGAUGAAGCAGAUCAUUCAGGCUUUGCAGAAGUCGGUAGAGCAAAAGGCGACAGAGGCCAAGGCUCUUCAACAGUACACUCCCACUGGUCAGGGCAACGCUGCGAGCAUCUCUCAGGCCCCAUUCCCUUCACAUAAUCCACGCUCUCAGCAUUCCGUCCAGAGCUACUAUGGUGGCAAUUCUGAAGUUAUCCGCGAUGGACAUUCGGUGUUGCCGCAUAACAUGGUAUCUCCUCAAGACAAUCACAACGACCCUCGUUUUGGUUAUCAGGCCAAUAACCAGUGGACUACGCGUCCUGCCUAUUCUAACCGCAACACCAAGGAAGAUCGUACAUCUUACCCUACAAACCCCUACCACAACAUGGGAGGUCAAUACAACAACGGCUACGAUGGCAGCUACUCUUCUUACGCCUAUUCCCCUCAUUCUCUCACCCCUCCCGACCAGCACUUCACUUUCAACAACCAGGGUAAUCAGGGACAGGCCAAGUGA